UAUUCUGAAAAAACUAAACUUAUCUGAGUCGCGGUGUUUUGUCUGUGUGAAAGUGAACAACAGUCCAAAUGGCUCAGCAGGCAGUUCUGCUGGACCAGGACCAGUUCUCUUGUUCUGUCUGUCUGGAUCUACUGAAGGAGCCCGUAGCUAUUCCCUAUGGACACAGUUACUGUAGGAGCUGUAUUGAGGGCUGCUGGGAUCAGGAUGAUCUGAAGGGGAUCUACAGCUGUCCUCAGUGCAGACAGACCUUCACUCCAAGGCCUGCUCUGAUGAAAAACACCAUAUUGACUGAAGUGGUGGAGAAACUGAAGAAGACAGGACUUCAGGCUGCUCCCCCUGAUCUGUGCUAUGCUGGACCUGGAGAUGUGGCAUGUGAUUUCUGCACUGGGACCAGAAAGCAGAAAGCCCUCAUGUCCUGUCUGGUGUGUCUGGUGUCUUCCUGCAAGACUCACCUCCAGCCUCACUAUAGUGUCCCUGCACUAAAGAAGCACAAGCUGGUCAAAGCUUCCACACAGCUACAGGAGAACAUCUGCUCCCGUCAUGACGAACUGCUGAAGAUUUACUGUCGUACCGAUCAGAAUUGUAUCUGUUAUCUGUGUAUGGUGGAUGAUCAUAAAGGCCAUGAUACAGUGUCAGCUGCAGCGGAGAGGACCGAGAAACAGAGUCAGCUGGGGAUGCGUCAGCAGAAUCUCCAGCAGAGAAUCCAGGAGAGAGAGAAGGAGCUGAAGGAGCUCCAACAGGCUGUGGAGUCUCUCAAGCACUCUGCACAGGCAGCAGUGGAGGACAGUGAUAGGAUCUUUACUGAGCUGAUCCACUCCAUUGAGAGAAGGCGCUCUGAGUUGAAGGAGUUGAUCAGAGACCAGGAGAAGGCUCAAGUGAGUCAAGCUGAUGGACUCCUGGAGCAACUGGAGCAGGAGAUAGCUGAGCUGAGGAGGAGAAAUGCUGAGCUGGAGCAGCUCUCACACACAGAGGAUCACAUCCAUUUCCUCCAGAGUUAUCAGUCUCUCUCCAGUCCCAGUGUCUCUUCAGACAUACCCAGCAUUGUUAUUCAUCCUCUUCAGUACUUUGGAGAUGUGAAUAAGGCUGUUUCUGAUGUCAGAGAGAAACUGGAAGACGUCCUUAAAGGAGAAUGGACCAAGAUCUCCACCACAGUGAAUUCAGUGGAUGUUUUACUGCCUCCAGAGCCCAAGACUAGAGAACGUUUCUUACAAUAUUCCUGUCAGCUCACACUGGACCCAAAUACAGCACAGAAAUCCCUCUCUCUGUCUGAGGGAAACAGAAAGAGAGAGGAGGGAACCAGCAGAGAGGAGAGAAGAGGUGAGGAGAGAACCAGCAGAGAGGAGAGAACCAGCAGAGAGGAGAGAACCAGCAGAGAGGAGAGAACCAGCAGAGAGGAGAGAACCAGCAGAGAGGAGAGAACCAGCAGAGCGGAGAGGAGAGGAGGGAACCAGCAGAGAGGAGAGGAGGGAACCAGCAUAGAGAAGAUGAUGUACUUUUUGGAAGGGGGAAGAAGGGGACAAACUACCUAUUGGGACCGGCAAUCACAGAUCCGGACCACCAACCGAAGGGACUUUUUCACAGACUAAUCGUAUAGGUGGUCAUUUCUGUUAUAAUUUAAAGAUACUCUUUAUGUUCCUUGUUAUUGUAAAGAAGAAGAUUUGUGUUUUCCUUGGGAGAUCAUCCUUGAUUGUGUUGGAUUGUUUUAAGAGGAAAAAAUGAUCUCCGUAGAGAAAUUUGUUCAAUUUUAAGGAAACCUGCUCCUGAUUCGUUUUAUUCCACCUUUCCGCUUUAAAGCAACCUCAAAGGACCUGGUUCGAUCACAAUAAUAAAAAAGAUUGUUUGUUCAUUUCAAUAAGUUGUAUU